GAUGUCUUUGUAUAUUGGUCAUCUAUCAUCUCGCACUCGUAGGGAUGAGCUUGAACAUGUUUUUGAAAGGUUUGGAAGAUGCAAUGUGAAUCUGAAAGAUGGCUAUGGGUUUGUUGUGUAUGACUACCCUCCAAAUGCAAAGAAAGCUUUAAGAGCACUUCAAGGAAGAAAUAUCUGUGGGAAGCCAUUAACUCUCACAUGGUCCAAUAAACAGCCUAGACCUUUCAAAAAAAAUUCUAGGGCUGAUCAGACAUAUGACUGUGAACCACGUAGGAUGAGGAGUUCUGCUGGAGAUUAUGGUAAUAGAAAUUUUGAUUUAAAUGUUCAGCCAGAUUGUAAGAUGAGUAUUAAACAACCUGAGUGUCAUGGAACCGGGCUUAAUUCUUCUGUCCUGCUUAAUGCGGAUAUAGACUACCAUCAAGACCAUGCUAAACAAUUUAUUAGGGAAGAUAAUCAUGAAUAUAGGGAAUAUUUGCUGAAUGAAGAUGGUCAAGACGAACCUAACCAGAUGGAUGAUAGGUGGGAUGGGCAACGCCAUGAUCAUUCUAAUGGUAAUGACAUUGAGCACGAAAGGGGUUUUGACCGCUAUGUAGGCAAUGACAAGAAAGCUGACAAUGAAAAUAGUCAAAUUGUGUAUUCCAGUGGUUGUCAUGCUGAACAAAGCCCGCAGGAGAGAAUAGCGACAGAGGUGAUAGGUGGAGAAACUCUGAACCAUCAUAAAGACUCAAAACUGCUGCAAACUUGUUACAUCUGCAGUGCCCUUGGUCACAAAAAGCAAAAUUGUCCCCAUGAAAUUACUUCAGGAAGAUAUUCCUCCAGGUUUGACCCCAGGCAUGACACAAACAUUGUUAGAGGAGGUAGCGUAAAAGGUGUCCUAGCAAGUUUUGGAUCCAGUUCUCGGGAAAAGUUGCAGCAAGAUAAGGAUCCCCAAAGAACAAAGAGAUUCAAGAAUUCCAGAAAAGCAUCUGGUUCAGGAGGAAGGAUUGAGAGAUUGAUAGAGAAUGGAAGCUCCUUUAUUGGAAAGGAAACAGACGGGGCUUGGGAAAAUGACUCUGAAGGAAAGAAGCAAAGUAGGAGAGGUGGAACUCCACAAAGACAUAAUGCAAAGAACGCAAGAUCAAUUUUUCCUCCACUUCACCCUGAUUGCAGUGCGACCAGAUCGCGCUCAAAAUCUAAAUCCAUAAAGCAUAUGCCAAGGUUCGUUUCAAAGUCUAGAUCAAGAUCCACAUCAUCCAGAGCAUUUUCUCCAUCUAAAAAUCAAAGGCUGAGUUCAGUAUCACGUUAUUCUAGAUCCAGAAGUUCUAAAUCUAGCUCAAGGUCAAGCUCUCCAACAUCCAUCUCUUCGCCUGUAUCACUUGGUAAGCCUUUAGCCUCAUUGUCGGACAAGGGGCAAUUUAAUUUAAAAGGCUCUUUGGAUAAGGCCAGGACAUCUGAAUCCAAGGAGAUUAUGGUUGAAGGUGAAUGUGAUGUUCAAUUGGAGAUUGCAAAUUUUGGAAAUAGCUUGGGUCCAAUGACUAUUGAAAAUGCCGGUUUAUAUGCCAAAGUAGAAAGUGACGUGGAAAAAGACCAAGCUAUGCAGGGAGGUAAUUAUGAUAAUCAUAUGACACCCAGGUCAGUUCCUCGAAUUAAAAUUCCAAGCACACCACUUUCAGCUAAAAAUAUAUCUGCUGCUGAGAGUUUGUCUCCAGAGAACAUGAGAGAGAUAAAGGAUCGUCAAGAUUUUGAUGCACUGACAACAGAAGAUGUGAUAGUACAACCUGUAGAGACUGAUUCAGAUACCUCUGUGCGUUCUACAAGCAUAUCGCCAGAGGAAUUGUGUAUGGUCAUGAAGCAUUAUGGCCUAGAACCUCCAAAUGAAAAUGAAAGGUAUCUAUAUGCAGAAGCUUACUUUGUUUCUGCUCGCUUGUGGCCUUGGGAGAUAAUCUAUUACAGGAGGUUGAAGAAAGGUCCCAUUUCAACUGAGAACUACGCCAGGCGAGUUGCACAAAAUAAAGAAUUUGGUAUUGUUGAUCAGUAUAUCAGAAGCUGUAAUGGAUGGGGAGAACUGAAUCACCUCUGAGAAACUAUGUAAAUUUUGUGAUUGCAUAUUUUAUUUCUUUUGUGUCUGGAGAGAGACAGCAUUGUGGCCCUACUUUGUUAUAUGGUUUUGGGAAUUUACUAGAUAAAAUGUAACAGGUAAUCUUCUAGAGAGUAUUCUAUACUUCUAGAAUCAAAAUGAUAUCCUGCAUUUUCCUUUCUAUAAAUAGUUCUAGUUACAUGAUCGGGGUAAGUAUUAGUGUUAUGCAUAUUUUAUGUAUCAACUGUCAAGGCUUC